GGCAGGAAACCAUUACAACACCACCCCGGCUGCGCUCUCGGCUGCCGCCGCCACUCCCAGCCCUUGCCUCAGGUAUACAUUAAAGAUCCAGAAUCAUGAUUGACUCCAAGUACUUCACAACCAAUAAAAAGGGAGAAAUCUUUGAAUUAAAAGCUGAACUCAACAAUGAAAAGAAAGAAAAGAGGAAGGAAGCUGUGAAGAAAGUGAUUGCUGCUAUGACCGUGGGGAAGGAUGUUAGCUCUCUCUUUCCAGAUGUAGUCAACUGUAUGCAGACAGAUAACCUGGAGCUAAAGAAGCUCGUGUACCUGUACUUGAUGAACUAUGCCAAGAGUCAGCUGGACAUGGCCAUCAUGACUGUCAACAGCUUUGUGAAGGACUGUGAAGAUCCCAACCCUUUGAUUCGGGCCUUGGCAGUCAGAACCAUGGGGUGCAUCCGGGUGGACAAGAUCACAGAAUACCUUUGUGAGCCCCUUCGCAAGUGUUUGAAGGAUGAAGACCCCUAUGUCCAGAAAACCUCAGCAGUCUGCGUGGCAAAGCUCCAUGACAUCAAUGCCCAGAUGGUGGAAGAUCAGGGAUUCCUCGAUUCUCUAUGUGAUCUCAUAGCAGAUUCAAAUCCCAUGGUGGUGGCUAAUGCUGUAGCAGCAUUUUCAGAAAUCAGUGAGUCUCACCCAAACAGCAACUUACUCGAUUUGAACCCACAGAACAUUAAUAAGCUGCUGACAGCUCUGAACGAAUGCACCGAGUGGGGCCAGAUUUUCAUCCUAGACUGCCUGUCUAAUUAUAAUCCUAAAGAUAACCGGGAAGCUCAGAGCAUCUGUGAGCGGGUAACUCCCCGGUUAUCCCAUGCCAACUCAGCAGUGGUACUUUCAGCCGUAAAAGUCCUAAUGAAAUUUCUGGAAUUGUUACCCAAGGACUCCGACUACUAUAAUAUGCUGCUGAAGAAGUUAGCGCCCCCACUUGUUACUUUGCUGUCUGGAGAGCCAGAAGUGCAGUAUGUUGCCCUGAGGAAUAUCAACUUAAUUGUCCAGAAAAGGCCUGAAAUCUUAAAGCAGGAAAUCAAAGUCUUCUUUGUGAAAUACAAUGAUCCCAUCUAUGUUAAACUAGAAAAGUUGGACAUCAUG